AUGAAGUUCUUCGUCGCCGUCAGCGCGCUUCUGAGCGCCGCUCCUCUGCUCACCCAGGCCCUUCCUGCCCCGGCUCCCGUGCCUACGCCGCCUGGCAUUCCGUCGCUCUCGACUGCUCAGAGCCAGCUUGCCGGCCUGACUGUUGCUGCCAAGGGCUCUUCCACUGGCUACAGCCGUGAUGAAUUCAACCAUUGGAUCACCAUCUCGGGCACCUGCAACACGCGCGAGACUGUGCUGAAGCGUGACGGAACCAACGUCGUCACCAGCAGCGCUUGCGCUGCCACCAGCGGUACCUGGUACAGCCCGUAUGACGGCGCUACUUGGACCGCCGCUUCUGAUGUCGACAUCGACCACAUGGUGCCUCUCUCGGAGGCCUGGAAGUCUGGUGCCUCUUCCUGGACUGCUGCCAGGCGCGAGGACUUCGCGAACGACCUCGACAACCCCCAGCUGUGGGCCGUCACCGACAACGUGAACCAAUCCAAGGGCGACAAGUCUCCUGACGCGUGGAAGCCUCCGCUUGCUUCGUUCUACUGCGUCUACGCCAGGUCCUGGAUCAAGGUGAAGUCUGUGUAUAGCCUGACGAUUACUUCGGCGGAGAAGAGUGCCUUGCAGGACAUGUUGGACACUUGCUAA